AUGCCGGACGUCCCUGCUUCAGACUGGUGUGCCUGGAUCCCCAUGAGAGCACUUGAGUUCGUCAGCGAUUGCCAGGGCAACAGAACCGCCACCAGCCAAGUUCCAACUACACAUGCUACACAGGGCUGUGCCGAUUGGUGCCUGUGGGUGCCGGGACCAUCAUGGAAGAGCAUUGAGCUUUGCUACAUGUGUGCAGCCAUUGCAGCACCCCCCGCGAAUGCAUCUUCGAAUGCAUCUGCGAAUGCAUCGGCAGCUAAUGUCACAGAGGCAGCUCACCGUGCUCAAGCUGAAGCGAUCGGGGAGCCCAAGCCGGAGAGUGCACCGACCAGCCUCAGGGGAAAGUCUCUGUUCAGCUACCCUAGCUGGUGCAGCACGAUCCCAUGGGGAAGCUUGCAGUACGUGCCUGAUUGCCGCGGCUACCGUGGCUCUGGCAAUGCAGUGUACUAUGGCCCUUCCUGCACGAGCUGGUGCCAGUGGGUUCCGAGCCCUUCCUGGCAGUACGUGUCUUCAUGUCUUGGUUGUGCUGGACAGCCGCGGCCGUUAGGGGGACCGGCCGGGCCAUACGGAGGAGGGUGUGCCAAUUGGUGCCAGUGGGUUCCGAUGGGGUCCUGGCAGUACACAUCCGGCUGCUCUGGCUGCUUCUGA